GCCAAGUGCUUUGUUCCCGGCUCCUUGUUGCCCCUGCGCGCGCAGAGAGGCCGAAGUCCUGGUGUACCGCGCGCCUGGUGCCGCGAGGGCUGAGAACCGGGUGCGAUCACUGCAGCCACAGCUCAGGAGCUCGUGCGCCCUGCGCCGCUUGGGGGCGGUCCCACGCAGCUGCGGCUCCCGUGCGGUUCCUACGAGGCGGUCGCCCCGAGACUGUCUAGGCGGUGCGAUGCUGGGCCCGCCCGGGAGCCCGGGAAGGGAAAGCGGAAGCCGCGAGCCGGGCCGGUGACCGCGAGGACUCGGCGCCUCUCCACGGCUGCCGGCAGCACCCGCGCCUUUUUCCAGCUGUCAGUCCUGCGGCACCCUGCGCUCCGUAACCAUGGCCAUCGCUCACCUGGCCACGGAGUACGUGUUCUCGGACUUCUUGUUGAAGGAGCCCACCGAGCCCAAAUUCAAGGGGCUGCGGCUGGAGCUAGCGGUGGAUAAGAUGGUCACAUGCAUCGCCGUGGGUCUGCCUCUGCUGCUCAUCUCGCUGGCCUUCGCUCAGGAGAUCUCCAUCGGUACCCAGAUAAGCUGCUUCUCCCCAAGCUCUUUCUCCUGGCGACAGGCUUCCUUUGUGGAUUCCUACUGUUGGGCGGCUGUACAGCAGAAGAGUUCCCUGCAGAGCGAGUCCGGAAACCUCCCACUGUGGCUGCACAAGUUCUUCCCCUACAUCCUGCUGCUGUUCGCCAUACUCCUGUACCUGCCCACGCUGUUCUGGCGCUUCGCGGCAGCCCCGCACCUCUGCUCAGAUCUGAAGUUCAUCAUGGAAGAACUCGACAAAGUCUACAACCGUGCCAUCAAGGCUGCCAAGAGCGCCCGGGACUUGGACCUGAGAGAUGGACCUGGACCGCCAGGAGUGAAUGAGAAUGUGGGGCAAAGUCUGUGGGAGAUCUCUGAAAGUCACUUCAAGUACCCAAUCGUGGAGCAGUACUUGAAGACGAAGAAGAACUCUAGUCAUUUGAUUGUGAAGUACAUUAGCUGCCGACUGGUGACACUGGCCGUCAUCCUGCUGGCGUGUGUCUACUUGAGCUAUUACUUCAGCCUCUCCUCACUGUCAGACGAGUUUCUGUGCAACAUCAAAUCGGGCAUCCUGAGCAAUGACAGCACCAUUCCUGACCGCCUCCAGUGCAAGCUCAUCGCCGUCGGCAUCUUCCAGCUGCUCAGCUUCAUCAACCUCAUCGUGUACGCCCUGCUGGCCCCCGUGGUCAUCUACACACUGUUCGUUCCGUUCCGGCAGAAGACAGAUGUUCUCAAGGUCUACGAGAUCCUGCCCACUUUCGAUGUUCUGCAUUUCAAGUCUGAAGGCUACAACGACUUGAGCCUCUACAACCUCUUUCUGGAAGAGAACAUAAGUGAGCUCAAAUCAUACAAGUGUCUUAAGGUGCUGGAGAACAUUAAAAGCAACGGGCAGGGCAUCGAUCCCAUGCUGCUCCUGACCAACCUAGGCAUGAUCAAGAUGGAUGUCUUUGAUGGAAAGACCCCCAUGUCCACAGAGAUCAAGGGACAGGACCAGGGGAGCCGGAUGACGGAGUUCAAAGAUUUGGACCUGAGCAGCGACACUACAACCAAUAAUGGAGAGAAGAACUCUCGACAGAGACUUCUGAAUGCAUCCUGCUGAUGGUUUCGUUCUUGAGUUUCAAGUCCGUGGUUUCUGCGGCUGAAGCCCCGCUGUUGGGCCUGUAGCUAGUUGGCGGUAAAGUGUCUUUGUUAGUGAUGUGGCGUGUGUUUUACCAGUCCCCGAUAGACACAAUGGCCGAAGUGUCAUCUGCCACUGUGCCAUGGAAGAAAGGGUUAGGACUGUCCCACAAGACGAAAUGUGGAAAUGAGUAAUGGGCUCUGUCCGAGCCCUCAUCAAAGGGCCGCUAAGAGCAUAGAGCCUUCUGGAGCCUUCUAGAGCCUUGAAGAAACGCUGUUCUGGACUGACAUGUUGCGAGACCUGGAGCUUCCGGAGAGCAAGCACUUUGGGAGAUGUCUUGUUUUAUGAGAUGAUAAUAAACAUGGCAGGAUAUAAUUUAAUAAUGCCCCCUGUGUGCUCUUACUGACGGUUGA